UAAAUCUUCAUAUAGCCACCGUUGUCCGUUUACUGUAGUACAACCGACUUGGAGAACACAUCUCCGGUGGUGUGCUCGCGUUCAGAGAUGCACCCUCGUGCAUUCUAUAUGGUUGCACUCAUGCUUCUCGUGGCUGGCAAUGCUGGAUGCGACGACAAAACGAAAUGGUAUGCUGGUCUGCAAACUGUGCUCAAGAAUUGCCCAAUGGAGUCCUGGAACAAUGCGGGCCAGGAUGAAUUUCUGGAGAAGUUCAAGACGUGCAUACAGGAACACCUAUUGGCUGUUCUUGACUCGAUCCUCGAAGACGAUGUUAUACCUGUCUUCGACGGACUAAAUCUAGUGCGAUUCCAACAUGAUAGGGCGAAUUCCACGGAUAAUUAUACUGAGAGCGAAUUAAAGAACGAUACAAAUUGGACGGAGAUGAUUUUGAAGCGGCUAUGGCGUCUUUUACGUACACACGUCUUCAAGGUUGACGUAGAUCACUUUGUUAAUGGUGCUUCUGUUAACAAUUCGGAGACGAAAUUAGAUGAAAAUAUAUUCGAAGGGCGCAGACACCGACAUCGCCGCAGAUAUGGCCAUAUGGUACCGUUCAUGAUGAUGGGCUUCCUGCUGAUAACAUCCAUCCUCGUGCCUAUGGGUUUUCAGUUUCUCGCCGUGCUGGGCGGCAAAGCGUUGCUGCUCGCCAAGAUGGCUCUAAUAUUGUCCAGCAUACAGGGGUUGAAGAAAAUUGCGACGAACGGCGUGAAUUAUGGACUCUAUCACACACCGGUGGAUGGCUGGCACGACAGAAGCCAUCUCGAGACGCCCUCUCAUUUAGAUUUACCUUUUCCACCACAUAUUCGUCCUUAAGCCUCCCAACUAUUUCUGAUACUUUUGUGUUGAAGAAGGUGACUCAAUAAUAGUGUUAAUGACAUCUGGAAUAAAGUUUUGAAAUUGUUGGUAGAGUUUACUCAGUGUAUAAAGACUGUAAACAGUUAUCAAAAUGUUCACACUGUAAAUAAACGAGAAACUACCGGA